AUGAGAUCGAAGAAGCGUUAAGGAUAGCCAAUUAUGAAGAUAUAACUAGUGAUGUACAAGAAGUGUUUCUGUCACAACCUAAUAAAAAUUCAUUUUCUGAACAAAUAACUUACACUCAAUCUUCAAUUCCAAGAAUUGACUGGAAAGAUUAUGCAAUCGCAGCUGUAUUAAUUGGUGGCAUCGGAUAUGCAAUAACAUCGGUUGCAAAGAAUUACAUCACCUCUUUUUUGGGAGCAUUAACAUCCGAUGACCUUGAGCACGACAAACAGUUAUUUUCAGAUCAAUUUACAACCACCAUAGCAAAUUUAGAUGUCUUGAAGUUUGAUACGCAAAUUAUCAAAAAGAGCUUAAAAGAACAAUCAUUUGAAGUUACCAAAAUAUUAAAGAUACUAGAUAACGUGUUGAGAGAUUUGAAAUCUUAUGAAGAAAGAGAAGACAUAGAAUUAGAAAAUUUAAAAGAAGAUAUGGAUUCAAUACGGAAUUUAAUUCCAAAGCUGCUUGAAGAAUCUGAAGAUUCUCAAGAAAAAUUGUUUACUAGUCUGCAACAGGAACUUAAAUUGCUAAAAUCACUUGCCAUUCGACGAGUUCUUCCCACACAAGCAACCGGUUCGCAAGUAGUUGAAACUUUGGCUUCACCAUUAUCCAUAAAUACUAAUAUGAUGUCCACAAACUCGGGUGCGAUCUCUGAUCGUUCAUCAAUUUCGGUAUUAAAACUGGGUGAUCUUUUUAGGUUUUUCGUUUUAAAUGCCUUAACCAUACCGUCAGAAGAAACGGUUGAAUAA